AUGAGAUGGGAGCCUAUCAGAUACUCUAUUGGCGAUGAGGUUGAGGACUGGUUAUAUAAAACCUUGCUUCUUGGACCUAAAAUAAGCCAAGUAGAGCAAUGCCCUCUUCUGUCCCAGUGUUCUCUUUAUUAUGUUAAUAAAGAUGUUUUGUUUAAUGGAAGCCAAAAGUCAGAAACAUUUCUUAGCGAGAUUUUUUCGCUAUUUGUGGCUUCUCAUUACAGAAAUAGUCCAAAUGACAUUCAAACUCUUUCUGAUUCGCCAAGCCACGAGAUCUUUGUUUUAAUGGCACCAUUUAAACCUUUAAGAAUAGUAUGUGCCAUUCAGGUUUCAUUUGAAGGAAAAUGUAAUAAAAAUGCAUGUGUAAAGCAAGGCAAUCUAAUUCCAUGGGUAAUUUAUGAAAAUUUCUUCGAUGAUCAGUUCUUAGAUAAACUUGGGAUGAGAAUCGUAAGAGUUGCUGUCCAUCCAAGCAUGCUUUCGAUGGGAUAUGGGUCUUUAGCACUUUUAACACUUACAAACUUAUUUAUUGAUAGACAUGAAAGCCAUUCAUCCAAAUCAGAACAUAAUGCUUAUACGACUGGCGAACAGUGUUCAAAAAAUAGUAUCAGUGUUGAUUAUAAUCCAUCAUGUAUUAUGUGCGAUGAUCAAUCUACUCUUUUUCAUCCUAUUAACACUAUCAAAACCCCUAAUAUUGACUGGAUCGGAUCUUCAUUUGGGGUCUCUGAAAGGCUAUUAAAUUUUUGGAAAAGGUCCAAUUUCAAUCCCGUUUGUAUUAAGCAAACACAGUCGAAAACUACUGGUGAGUUUUCAAUUGUUUUACUCAAGGCUAUUGGAAAUAAAACGGACGAGUUCGAUGGUAUGAAAACAUUGUUUCUAGAAAGAUUUGUUCCACUUCUUUCAUAUUCAUUUAAGAAUCUAUCACCUACACUUGCACUAUCGUUAAUAUACUCAUCAAAUGCAAAGGUUUUAGACAAGAAAAUUCAUUUUUCAAAGGAUGAGGUCAACCGACUUACAAAGUUUUCCAAUGGGCUUAUUGACAUAAAAUCUAUUAUGGAUAUUCUUCCAGAUCUGUCUAGAUCAUAUUUCUAUCAAAAUGACCUUAAUAAACUUUCAGUUGUAUCUCAAAUAGCAUUAUUAAUGAUAGGUUGUCAAAGAAAAACGGUGAAAGAAGUGGCAGAGUAUCUCAGUUUAGAUUGUUUCAAAGUUAUUAAUCUAAUUAUUUCAACUAUUGGGACACUUUUAUCGACAGAUCUCAAAUAA